GCCCGGAAAAGCGCCCAUGAAACCCGGACCGUCAGCUCGACUGACGGCUAUGGCGCCGCUGUUGGAAUACGAGCGGCAGCUGGUGCUGGAACUACUCGAAGCGGAUGGACUGGUGGUGUGCGCCCGCGGACUCGGCGCGGACAGGCUCCUGUACCACUUCCUCCGGCUGCACUGCCAUCCUGCAUGCCUGGUCCUGGUGCUCAGCACACAGCCGGCCGAGGAGGAGUAUUUUAUCAAUCAGCUGAAGAUAGAAGGAGUGGAACACCUCCCUCACCGUGUAACAAAUGAAAUCACAAGCAACAGUCGCUAUGAGGUUUACACACAAGGAGGUGUGAUAUUUGCAACAAGUCGAAUACUUGUGGUUGAUUUCUUGACUGAUAGAAUACCUUCAGAUUUAAUUACUGGCAUCUUGGUUUAUAGGGCUCACAGAAUAAUCGAGUCCUGUCAAGAAGCAUUCAUUUUGCGCCUCUUUCGCCAGAAAAACAAACGUGGUUUUAUUAAAGCUUUCACAGACAAUGCUGUUGCCUUUGAUACUGGUUUUUGUCAUGUGGAAAGAGUGAUGAGAAAUCUUUUUGUAAAGAAGCUGUAUCUGUGGCCAAGGUUUCACGUAGCAGUAAACUCAUUUCUAGAGCAGCACAAGCCUGAAGUGGUGGAGAUUCAUGUCUCUAUGACGCCGGCCAUGCUGGCCAUGCAGACCGCUAUCCUGGACAUUUUAAACGCGUGCCUGAAGGAACUGAAAUGCCAUAACCCUUCCCUUGAAGUUGAAGAUUUAUCUUUAGAAAAUGCUAUUGGAAAAGCCUUUGACAAGACAAUCCGCCAUUAUCUGGAUCCUUUGUGGCACCAGCUUGGAGCCAAGACUAAAUCCUUGGUUCAGGAUUUGAAGAUAUUACGAACUUUACUGCAAUAUCUCUGUCAGUAUGAUUGUAUUACAUUUCUGAAUCUUCUAGAAUCUCUGAGAGCAACAGAGAAGGCUUUUGGUCAAAAUUCAGGUUGGCUAUUUCUUGACUCCAGUACCUCGCUGUUUGUGAAUGCUCGAGCAAGGGUUUAUCGCAUUCCAGAUGCUAAAAUGAGUAAAAAAGGCAAAGUGUCCGGAAAAGUGGAGAUUAAAGAAGAACAAGAAACAAAGAAGGAGCUGGUCCUAGAAAGCAACCCUAAGUGGGAAGCACUGACCGAAGUCCUGAAAGAAAUUGAGGCGGAAAAUGCGGAGAGUGAAGCCCUUGGUGGUCCAGGUCAAGUACUUAUUUGUGCAAGCGAUGACCGAACGUGUUCCCAGCUAAGAGAGUACAUCACUGUUGGAGCAGAGGCCUUCUUGCUGAGACUCUACAGGAAAACUUUUGAGAAGGAUAGCAAAGCUGAAGAAGUGUGGAUGAAUUUCAGAAAGGAGGAUGGCUUGAAGAGAAUUAGGAAAUCUAACAAAAGACCCAAAGACCCCCGCAAAAAAGAAAGAGCUUCUACCAAAGAAAGGACUCUGAAAAAGAAAAAACAAAGGUUAACUUUAACUCAGAUGAUGGGGAAAUCUGAAGAACUUGAAGAGGAAGGGGAUGGCAAGGAAGGAUAUCCUGGAGACUUAGGCAGUAGCCCAGAAAGCUGCUUAGAAGAAAGUAAGCCUGAGGAGUUUGAGUUAAACUUGUCAUCAGAUGCUGCUUAUGGAAUUCUAAAAGACCCCCUCACUAUCAUCCACCCACUUCUGGGUUGUAGCGACCCCUACGCCCUGACAAGGGUACUCCAUGAAGUAGAGCCAAGAUACGUGGUUCUGUAUGACUCAGAGUUAACGUUUGUUCGUCAGCUCGAAAUUUACAGGGCAAGUAGGCCCGGGAAACCUCUCAGGGUUUACUUUCUUAUAUACGGAGGUUCAACUGAGGAACAACGUUAUCUCACUGCUUUGCGGAAGGAAAAGGAAGCUUUUGAAAAACUCAUAAGGGAAAAGGCUAGCAUGGUUGUCCCUGAAGAAAGGGAAGGCAGAAAUGAAACAAACCUAGACCUGGUAAGAGGCUCUGUGUCUACAGGUGUUCCCAUCGACUCGCGGAAAGCAGGUGGCCAGGAGCAGAAAGGCACACAGCAGACGAUCGUAGUGGAUAUGCGUGAGUUUCGAAGUGAACUCCCAUCUCUGAUCCACCGCCGGGGCAUCGACAUCGAGCCAGUGACCUUGGAGGUUGGAGAUUACAUUCUGACUCCAGACAUGUGCGUGGAGCGCAAGAGCAUCAGUGAUUUGAUCGGCUCCUUAAACAACGGCCGCCUCUACAGCCAGUGCAUCUCUAUGUCCCGUUACUACAAGCGCCCAGUGCUUUUGAUCGAGUUCGACCCCAGUAAGCCCUUCUCUCUCAUUGCCCGAGGUGCCUUCCAUCAGGAGAUCUCCAGCAACGACAUUAGUUCCAAACUCACACUCCUCACCCUUCACUUCCCCAGACUCCGGAUCCUCUGGUGUUGCUCCCCUCAUGCCACCGCGGAGUUGUUCGAGGAGCUGAAACAAAAUAAGCCACAGCCUGAUGCAGCGACAGCCAUGGCUGUUACCGCAGAUUCUGAAACCCUCCCUGAGUCAGAAAAGUAUAAUCCUGGCCCCCAGGACUUCUUGUUAAAAAUGCCAGGGGUAAAUGCCAAAAACUGUCGCUCCGUGAUGAGCCAUGUUAAGAACAUUGCAGAAUUAGCAAGCCUGUCACAAGACAAGCUCGCAAGUAUCCUGGGGAACGCUGCAAAUGCUAAGCAGCUUUAUGACUUCAUUCACACCUCUUACACAGAGAUUCUGUCUAAAGGGAAAGUGAAAAAAUGAACAAUGGUGGCUGUUUUCCUACCCCGUGACUGUGCUUUUCAGCUGUUCUUUGCCAGCCAUAAUAGAUCGUUAUUAAUUAUUAGCUCAGCAUCUCAUUCUCUUCCAGUGUUUUUAAUGAUUGUGCUGUUUCCUAGUUGAGUGGAUCAGAAGCUAAGGUUCCUCCCUGAACUUUGCAUUCAGACAUCUUUUCUGACUUGCCUGUGCCCGGUCUCCUCCCUUCCUGUGCCGGCCAUGCCAGGUGUGUGUGUUCAGUUUUUAAGCAAGGUGUGUCAGGAUCAGGUAAUGUUUCUGUAAGUGCUUACAGAAGGCCGCUUUGGAGACAGCCAAAGUUUGUCUCCUACCCAAACUGAUAAAACACACAAUCAGUUGUGUCCUCACCCUCUGUCCACAGAGAUACCCCGGAAUACUGAGGAGGAAACGUCUCUUUGCCAUUCCCCACCAGUUUCUCUCCUCCACAUCUUUGUCCAUGGCGUACUUCUCCCACCUCUGAGAAAACUGCAUGGGGACUGCCGCCUGAUGAGCUAAGACAGCCACCUCUGAAACUGGCUGGUUGAUUUCCUAGACACCUGAAUAGAUGUCAGUGUAGCACUCCAUAUCAUUCAAAACCAGCAUUUUUAAAACAUAAAAUGAAUUGCCUAUUUAUAGAAUUUAAUGCUGUAGUUGAGGAACCCUCAGAAUUCUCUGUUUUUACUGUGAUAUUUAAACUCCUAAAGAUUUGGUUUUCCUUCCUUGAGACAAAAAACUGUAAAUAUAUGGAAAAUCAAUGCAUAGAUUAUAUAAAAAUUCUAAAGAAAUAUAUACGUAUUUAAAAAUUCAUAAAGAAAACAAUCUCAUUCUAAACCUGAUUGAUCUCAUUUUGCUCUUUACUGGUGUGUAUGUACGGGACAUUCAGAGCAUCUCUGUGCAGUUUUUAAACUUUUAUACUUAAAUAUUAUUAACUUAGGUAUUAUGCACAUACUUAGCAAUGAGUGGCAAUUUUUCUACCUCAAGAGCUGAUGUAGACGUCUAUUCCGAGAGCCAUACCACACAGCUGGGUGCUCCAGCGGUGUCAACCGUGCUCUCAUUCCACACAGCUAAGCCUAGCGGAGACCGUGGGCCCUGGAGCACAGACAUGGUCGUCAGCUUCCACUCACGUGCUUUUAACUGUCCUCUCCAGACUGAGCCAUACUGACACCUCGAUUUCUUGGUAUGUUAACGUAUGUUAAUACAGUUAAAGUGUAUGUGGGUUUUGAACUCUGUACAGAAUGCUGCCAGAAUGGGUUGAGGGUUAUCAAAGAGCCCCGUUGGUUAUUGUAGAACUCUGUACAGUGGUUUGGAGGGUAGAGAAGAGGACAAGAAACAGAAAUUAGUUUAAGAUAAAGAUUUGAGCUACCCACAAAUUUUGUCCCAGGGUUAGAAAUAUACCCUUGACAAUAGAAAACAAAAAUGUCAGAUACGUUUCACUUUUGUAUGUGUUUCUUUAUCUAAGACUUCAACUGUAAUUAAAAUUGCAUUCAAAAAGGCAUACCACCUGCCCUAACUGGGUGGUUCAGUUGGCUGAGACUCUGAUACACUAAAAGGUCACAGGUUCAAUCCCCAGUUGGGGCGUGUAUAGGAGGCAGCCGAUUGAUAUUUCUCUCUUACAUCUCUCUCCCCCCUGCUCUAAAAAAUUAGUAAACAUACCUCAAGUGAGGAUUUUAAAAAAAGGCAUACCACCUCAGUCACAGUUAUUAUCAUUUUUCUUCACACUAUUCUAGCACUUCCACUUGAGAUAUGUAAUUUCUAUUAUUUUUGUAAAACUACCAGUUUAAACAAUCCUAGUUACUAGUACAACAGCAACAACAGUGUAAUUGUAUUCAGAAAGCCAGCGUCCUCUGGCUCGAAUGUUGUUACUUGCUGCUGUACUUAGUGGACAUUUGAAGAGAGGUGCACAAUCUCGUGUGUGUUUGAAUUAUGAGUGAUAUUUGCUAAUGGACUCUUAACACGGUCCUUACAGAUGAAAGACUCUCACUGCCAUUUCCUCUUCCAACUAAAUAUGCAGGGUCUGGCACAAAUAAUGCUCCCUUUUCAUUACAAAACCAUAAACAUGUAACUCUAUAACAUAACAAUAUCACGCUCAAGCACACUAUUGACAUUUUAGGUGAAAUGUUCAAAUUAAGACUAUAAAUUACUGCACCAUAUUAUUAGCCUACCAACCACACUCAAGCAGGCCUCACUUCUGCCAGACCCUGUGUGGAUAUUUCAAUGUGUCUCCAGUUGUGGAACCCUUUAAUACAACCAUCAUUUACUUUCAUUGAAUAUUUUUACAAAUUUUUACAAUCUUUGGCAGAACUAGAAAUGCACAGUUGAAAAAUCACUUAAUUUUCUAGCAUAACUUUGUUAGUUUUGCCUCUUUUAAAAUCAUAAAUAUCCAAUAUACAUAUGAACUCAUGCUUAACUUUUUAACUUUUUUUAAAAACUGGAGAUCAGUAUUAUUCUACUUUAUAAGUGUUUUACAUAAAAACUUGAGCAUAUGGGAUACUGUGAGAAAUUGUUUGUUUUGUUUGUUUAAAUUACUGUGCCUGUCUUCAUAUUUCUUAAAAUUAUACAAGAAGAAAGCAUUUUUAAUACCGGCCAUAAGUAAUGUCCUUUUGGCAGUAAGUUGCUAUUUCUCCAUUCCGAGGCUUAGACUAUAUGGCUAUGUGUGUUUUCGUACAUCCAGAAUGCAACUUCCCAGCUCCCAAAAGACUAAAAAUAAUUGUCCCAUUCCUCAGUCCAUCGGGAACAUAGAGGGUUAAGUCGAGAUUUGAUCGUUCUGACAAUAUAAAGUUAACAAGUGGCCUUGGGCAGGAAAACCUGCACUGAAGCAGAUCUGGACAAGUGGGUGGGGCGAAGAAGCAGCAGUACUAGUCUCCACUUUUGUUUUUCAAGCUUAAUUUGAUUUUCCUUUGGCUCAGAAAACUCUUUAGGGAAAUUGCCUUCUCUUUGGUGUUCAGUUUAACCUAGAAAUGUCCUCUUAAAAACCAACAUUGUAGGAAAAUUCUUUUCUCAGGCUUGAGUAUAUGAAAACUUACCCAGACUUCCGCACAAGUUGUCAUUUUUCUUCAUUAUUUCACUUUGUAAUUUGGUUCAUAGCUCUUUCCUGAUUGAUUCUCAACUUCAGUACUUAACUUACCAUCUUUAUCCAUAGGUUUUUGGUGGCCUACAGCACCGGUGUUGGUUGGUUUAAGGGUGUAUGUAAGCCAAAAUUUGGAUGGGCUGGAGACAUAACUGAUUUAUAUCAAUUUGUAACAGUUUGUGUGUUUUUAAUAAAAUGUAUAUUUAUUCAGUAUUUUCCUCAGCAUUCUGUGGGUGAACUAAAAAUAACAAUGUAUACUUGAAAGGACAUAAAUUCCCAAUGCUUUAUAUUUACCAUUGUGUUAUAUAUAAUUUUUAAAACAGAAUAUUUAAUUUGGCUACUUUUUUGUUCUGCAGAGUAAGUGAUUAAAGAUGAACUGCUCUUUGAACAACUGC